CCUUAUAUAAGAAAAGUAGCCACUCAUGAGUUAUAUAAAUCAGAGUUUUCAAUUUGCCUCCACCUGUGGAUUGCUGUAGUGAGGUGUAUUUACCUGUCCAGGUGCUGCCCAAGUCCUAGCGGUGUCGCACCUGGUGUUGCUCCACGCUUGGUGCAUCAGAACACAACAUGCUGUACAAAGUGCUAAGCCCGCACAGCAUUCACGAUCACAGCAGCAAUGACAGUGACUUUGAUGAUUACUACCGAAAGAGCAACCGGUCCCCCCUAGCCGGGAAGGUCGCCACGACAGAGGGGGACUGCUCACAGCCAACCCCGAGUUCCUCUCGACACCUGGAACACAGCAAAAAGAUCCCUGAAGCUGCAAAAGAGGCAUCCACUGAUUCAAAAAAUCUCAUGAAUACUAAGUGUCAGAAGAAAUAUGUGGGAGUAAGAGUCCGCCGCCCAGUUCGAGAUCUCCUUCGUAAUUAUCGAAUAGCCAGAGGAGAAGACCCCAAUGUCGACCAGGUAGAUGUACACUUCAAAUCAAAUAAUUUGAGAAGACGGGUGGUCCGAGAGACUGGACACACUAUGAAAUGGAGCUCACAGAUGAAAAAAAUCAAUAUGUUCCCCUCAAAGAAUUUUGAAGAACUCCUGGAAGACUUGGUAGAAGUCUUGGAGUCUGAUUUGAAACAAAAUGAAGCACGCUCGUAUCAAACAACACAGAACAUACCUGAAAUGGAUUGUCAGGAGGACAGCUACACCAGCAGCCCAGUCAGUUUCUGGGGUUCACAGUAUGACAACCAAAAGCUACAACAAAACCAAGGGACCUUAAUAAAUGGUUCGACUUGCUCCUCUGAGUAUGAUGUUACUGUUCCUGUUCUGGGAUCUGUAUUUCCCACACCUUACUCACACUUUGAACUGGAGGGUUGGAAUUACUUGCCUCGCCAGUCAGUGGCUUUCACAGACCAACACUGUGUCAACACGUCCGAUAAAGAUAGGAAUUUCAGCUGUCAGCCCUGCUAUUCCCAAACUGUCAAGAAACAAUCCCCACCUUGUUCCCCGUCAUUUGGGGAAGAAUGGUUCAGCCAAGCUGAACUGAACAAUAUUCACAAUUAUAAAUCUUCCCACGUUGAAAGCAAGUGCUUUCCGAUCACCUCUCAACAGCAACAUUCUUUAGAUGGGUCAGCCUUGUCUUUCUUCCAGUCGCAACUGCGGCAUGUAGAGGGCAGCCUUUGUAAUGUAUCGACUCAAGAACUGCUUUCUGUGGAUGAGAGCGGAAACACAAUGCUACACAAUGCUGUUAUUCAGGGAAAAAGAGCCUUGACAUACAGUCUGGCUUGUAGGAUGGCAAAUAUUGGCACAAUUGACACAAAGGAUACCAGAGGCAGAACUGCAUUGCACUUAGCUGCAGAAAGAAAUCAGCACCUGGUAGUCAAUGACCUCAUUUUACUUGGUGCUCAAAUCAAUGAGAGAGACCAUUUUGGAAAAACUCCCAUACAUUUGUGUGCAGAAAAUGGAUUCCUUCGGGUUUUGCAUGUAAUAGAGAAAACAAUGAUGAAUGGAAUUGAUGUCGUAAUUGAUGCCAGCGAUAAUAAUCAUCUGACCCCAUUACACUAUAUGGUGUUGGCUCAUGCUGCGACAGUGAAAGCAUUUGAGAAUACAGACAUGAGCUAUGAUAUGAUGAAGUUCCUCAUGUUGAGGAAGGAGCAGCUGCUAGAUGGAAUGAGAUGCUUGCUGAGGAUGGGAUCGUCUCUCUGUACAAAGGAUCUGAUUUGCCAAACUGCCAUCAACCUUGCAGAAGAAAUAAAUGACAUUGAAGUUCUGAAUUUCCUUUAUGGCCAUCUUGAUGGAAUGAAAAAUGUUUGUCACAAGGAAUUUUCACCAUGUGGCAUAUUCAAUGCAAUGGAUCAAAAAGUGUCUUCACAAGAAGUGGCUCCAGAAGAGCUUCCUUGUGACAUUUUCCUGCAGACCAGCAUGUACAGUGAGGAGCUCAAUAAAAGACUCAACCACGGUUGUCAGUGA